CCUGGUGUGGGCUGCAGUACCAGGUAUUUGCUGCGUGUUCACUGUGUGUAGGAACGAGCCCUUACUCCGCGUCUCAACCUGGUAAAGGGCCUCAGUUUACUGACCAGAUUCAGGCCACGUGGCUAACAAGCGCCCCAGGCCCUAACCUUAGGCAGCUGUCUGAGCACCAGAGUGCCCCAUGUAGCAGCUGCUCCUGGAGCUGUGGACACAACUAGACUCUGGCGUCCAGUAGACCCAGGUUUUAUUACUGGCUCUGCUGUUAGGCCUUGGGUCAGAUAGCCUCUCUGAGCUUCAAUUUACCCCUCUAGAAAUAGAGAAAGCAAGUCUUAAUUCAUACAGUUGUUGGAUCUUUUAAAUGGGAUACUUUUUUUUAAAGAAGUAUAUAGUCAGUGCUUAAUAAAUGAUAGCUGGUAUCACCAUCACCAAGCUUUACCCAGGAGGCCAGGGCUUCUGGAACGUACAGAUCAGUGUCAGGACAAAGUACAGAGGCCUCAUCAGGAGCUCAGCCACACACCUGCUUACUCCAUCUGACCUACCAGCAGCAUCAGGACCCAGCCUCGGGUCCCUUUUCUCAGACACCGUAACUUCCAAGGUCCUGAACCCUGCAUCUUAGCCAGAGCCUUUCUCAGGACCUGUACAUCUGUUGGAGCAGAAGGGCCUCUGUGGCUCCAGUGUCCACCCUGAGUGCCAGGUCCCACAGCAGCAGUAAGAGCAGAAUGGGCACCUCCAGGCUGUAUACCUUGGUGCUGGUGCUGCAGCCCCAGCGAGUUCUCCUGGGCAUGAAAAAACGAGGCUUCGGGAUUGGCCGGUGGAAUGGCUUCGGGGGCAAAGUGCUUGAAGGCGAGACCAUCGAGGAUGGAGCCAAGAGGGAGCUGUGGGAGGAGAGUGGCCUGGUGGUGGACACGCUGCACAAGGUGGGCCGGGUCAUGUUUGAGUUCCAGGGUGAGCCUGAGCUGAUGGACGUGCACAUCUUCUGCACAGACAAGGUCCAAGGAACCCCCGUGGAGAGCGAUGAAAUGCGCCCUCAGUGGUUCCCACUGGACCAGAUCCCCUUCAGCGACAUGUGGCCUGACGACUGCUACUGGUUUCCACUCCUGCUUCAGAAGAAGAAAUUCCAAGGGUAUUUCAAGUUCCAGGGUCAGCACACCAUCCUGGACUACACCCUGCAAGAGGUAGACACCGUCUAGCAGGAGGUCAGGGCUGGCCCAGCCUGUUAUUAACACAGCCACACCCACUGACACAGCUGGCCUGAUUCCCUCUGGAUUUGGAACACAACUGGAUGGAAAGGAAAAUAAAGGUCUUCUGCCUCCAAACCGUGGUGCCAGGCACCAGCACAGCCAGCCCAUUCCUCUCCGCAGGAGGCUGCCAGGGGUGCUGGGCCGACCCACGCUGAGGGACAGGGUGGGAGAGGAGAUGCUGGGCUACUGGGGAGGACAGUGUCCCUGACAAUCCCCGCAGUGACAGCUGGUGGAGGUCCACGUGCGUGCUCAGCACCCCAGGCCAGAGGACACACCCUCUCACCACCACCCCCUUUUGUGAGUCAUCCUUUUGCAGUGGGGGAAACUGAGGCAUGGUCAAGGGCUUAGGGUUAAUACCAAGUCUAAUGCAUCAUAGGCUGGUCCCCUCGCCUGCCCCAAGUCGAACCACCUGCUACACAACUUACAACCUGACCCAACUUCAUACAUAUUUAGUAACAAUGUUCCCAUAAGUUCAAUUAAAAACCCCAGCACGUA